GUCAGCACUGCUGAAGGGAGUGAGUUGAGCGGGCAUUGACGCCAGUGUUUAGCCAGAGGGAGCGUGCGCUUGCAAUGACUUGGAUGCGGGAUGAGUUUUUCCAGAUGCCCUGGCUUUACGAAGCGAUCGUUGGGUCAGUGUGUAGCGCGGCCGCGUUGCUGCUGACGCUGAGAUGGCUGGAGAGAAGGAGGUGCCUGGCGGACUUCAGGAAAGCGCGAUCAUGCAGGGAGAAAGCCCUGGGAGAGAUGGAGAGGGCUGUGUCCCAGUUAGAGGAGUCGAAGCGGUCUGGAGACAGUGAAUCGAUUCUGUCCCUGUCACUUCAUGAACUUCAUGAAAAGUUGCAGAGUGGAUUUCUCACUCCUGAUAGUGUACUGCAUGCCUACAUGGAUAAGGCCUUGGAAGUAAACAAAGAGCUGAACUGCCUCACGGAUUUUCUUCCUGAUUGUCAAAACCAACUUCAGAGUUUCAAGGAGAAAAAGAAGGGACUUCUUUAUGGGAUCCCCAUCAGCAUUAAGGACAACAUUGACUGCAAGGGCCAUGAUUCAACUUGUGGACUUAGAACAUUUUUGAACCAGCCGGCUACUAAAGACAGUGUCAUCGUCCAAGUGCUGAAGAAACAAGGAGCUAUUCCUUUUGUGAAAACUAAUGUCCCUCAGUCCUUGCUAAGCUAUGAGUGCUGUAAUCCCAUUUUUGGGCAGACAGUCAACCCACACAACACCAAGCGGACAUCCGGAGGGUCAUCUGGUGGUGAGGCAUCCCUGAUUGCAGCGGGCGGUUCCAUCCUUGGCAUUGGAAGUGAUAUUGGCGGCAGCAUCCGGGUACCAGCUUCAUUCUGUGGAAUCUGUGGAUUCAAAGCAACUGGCAAACGACUAAGCACUAUUGGAUUCAGAGCAUCAGUGCCUGGACAGAAAGCAAUCACAGCAGGCAUUGGCCCACUGGCCAGAGAUGUGGACAGCUUGGCCUUUUGCAUGAAAGCCUUGUUAUGUGAAGACUUAUUUCGUUUGGAUCCCACAGUGCCACCAAUUCCCUUCAAUGAUGAGGUGUAUUCCAGCUCUAAGCCGCUGAGGAUAGGCUAUUAUGAUAGUGAUGGGUACUGGCUCCCCUCAGCCAGUAUGAAGCGAGCAGUGAUGGAAACCAAACAGCUGCUGGAGCAAGCCGGCCACAAGCUGAUUCCUUUUGCUCCUUUGAAAACAUCAUAUGCAAUGAAGGAACUUGUUUUAAAGGGCAUUUCAGCGGAUCAAGCCACUACAAUCCUAGAAAGAAUAAAAGGAGACAUCAUUGAUCCUCGCCUGAAAGACCUCUUUUAUGUACAAAUGAUUCCUCUAAUAGUAAAAAAGAUCUUGUAUUUCCUCAUGAAGCCUUUUAAUCCAAGAAUGGCAGAUAUCCUCAGGAGCCUUUGUGGAGUAGGAUCCAUAAGUGAUCUAUGGAAGCAACAUACUGCUAGAGAGGCUUACUGUGAGGAGUACAUCAGCCUGUGGAAAAGCCAGAACCUUGAUGUCCUGCUCUGCCCAGCACUGGGUCCUGCUUUCCUUGCUGGAUUCGCUGGAAAGCUAACAGUUACCGCCAGUUACAAGCUGAUUUUUAACCUGUUAAAUUUCCCAGCUGGUGUAGUGCCAGUUGGUAAAGUGAUUGAGAAGGACGAAGACGAGCUGAAGGACUAUGUAGGUUACUACAAUGAUUUUUGGGAGAGGACUUUCAAAAAGAAUGUGUCUGAUGCAAUUGGUCUCCCAAUAGCUGUGCAAUGUGUGGCGUUACCUUGGCAGGAUGAACUUUGCCUACGUUUUAUGAAAGAGGUGGAAAGAGUUACCCAAAAGAACAGGGCCAUUUAACUACAUUAGAGUGGAAUGUCCUUUUAAGUCGGUGUUGUCAGGUGUGUUUUCCAUACAGAUGGUGCUUGUCUCAGAAUUUGGCAACUAUAUUUGCUAUCCUAUGGCACAUAAUUGAGCUACCUGAUGAAUAAUUUGGAUUAAGAACCUGGAAAAUGGCAGCAUUAUCAGGACAGGUACAUAAAUAUCUCCAUUCUUCCGCCUGGAUACAUUUUUCCACAGUAAACCAUGCUAGAAGGGUCCCGCCCCGAAACACCACCCAUUCCUUCUCUCCAGAGAUGCUGCCUGAAUUACUGCUGGGUUACUCCACCAUUUUGUGUCUAUCUUUUGUUUAUUAACAGUUUAGAAAGUCCAUCAGGUGGUCCAUCAAACGAUAAGGUUGGACAUAUGAAGGAAAAAUAUUGCAGACAAGUGUAGUGUAAUAAGCAAACAGGCUUUAAGAAACAAUAAUGUCAGACAUUGUUUGCCUUUUCUAGUUGCACUUUAUCUUUCAGUUGGCAACAACAAAUGUUCACUGCCCCAUCCCUAUUGUAAGCUAUGAUCUCAUUAGCAUUGGUGGUUAUGCAGCACGGUAGUUAUGUUACCAGCCUACAUUUUGAUGAUGUUAUGAUCAAUGGAAAUGAAUCCAGAAUAUAAAUUCAGCAGCAGGAGACCAAUAGUUUGUUGUACAACCACAACUUGCUGUACAAAUAUCCUGGAUGGAACUGCAGAUGCUGCUUUAAACCGAAGAUAGACACAAAAUGCUGGAAUAACUCAACGAGACAGGCAGCAUUUCUGGAGAGAAGGAAAGGGUGACGCUUCGGGUUGAGAUUGAAGAAGGGUCUCAACCGGGAACGUCACCCAUUCCUUCUUGCAGGAGAUGCUGCCUGUCCCGCUGAGUUAUUCCAACAUUUUGUGUCUAUCUUCGCGACAAAUGUUCUUCUCUGUUACUUCAUGAAAGAAUUAACAGCAAUACAAUCGGCAAAUCAUUUGCCGCAACUUGCUGCAACCUAACUGGACCAAAUACACGCAGACGGCAGCUCAAGAACAGGUCAGGGAUUGAGCUUACCUUGGUGACUGAAUCUCUACCUGAGUUCGUCAAAAGUUUAUCCACCAUCUCCAAUGGAAUAAUCUUUAUUUGCCUGGAUGAGAUGCAGCUUGACACCACCCAGGACAAAACACCAUCUCAACUCGCAUCUCGCUCUUCUUUGUAACAUGGCUACGGGCAUGAAACAUUUAUAAGAUGCACUGCCACAACUUGUAACCAUUAAACCUCAA